CUGCAUGUUGCAUUUGGCACGCACAAUAUCAUUGCACGUUGCAUCUAGCACCUGACAGCUCUACCAUCACAACACUUUCGCCCACUAGCAUGCCACCACCAAAAGAGUAUCAAGUCAUGCGCAAGGGCCGCCUUCAGACCGUCUCCAAAUCUCAGUAUUACCGCUUAAAAGCCCAGGAUGGUGGUGCAAACACACGGACUCCAGAACUUCAAGCACUCUUAGCCUCUCGGGUACAAACAGAUGCUCCAAUUGCUUCAUCAAGUACCUCUGCGGAGCUAACAAGAGAGCACACACGCUCAAUUCAAAGUGGUGAUGUGGAUAUGAAUCUUGAUGAGAAUGCUACAGAAGAUGAGGGCAACUAUGCGGAUGAUUUCCCAGACCCUCCUGCUGCUGACGAGGGCCAUUCCACACCUCCCCCAGACCCAGACCCUCCUGCUGGUGACGAGGACCAUUUCACACCUCCCCCAGACCCUCCUGCUGGUGACGAGGACCAUUCCACACCUCCCCCAGACCCUCCUGCUG